UCUUUCUUUGUGUGACCCAACUCGAAUGAAAUGCGGUAAACUGGGAAAUCCUGGGGUCUGCGCUCCCUGCGGUGAUGCUGGGUCCUCUGUGCCGCAGCAGUUCAAAGUGACGCCAGCUGAUCACCUCGUUUUGCUGAUCUCGUCUGUCUCCAGUAACCAGUGGAGGGGAAUGAGUUUGGUAGGGAGACUGCAGUUUGCUCUGCUUAUGGCCUUGACCUCCAGAGUGGCAGGCCUCAGUAUCCCCCUAGAAGUGGAGCAGCCUCCAACCAUAAUAACUCGCACAUCAGGUCCUAUCAUUGUCCUUCCUUUUGACAACUUGGUCACCAUCAGAUGUGAGGCUAAGGGCAACCCACCACCAGAAUACAGAUGGACAAAAGAUGGCAAAGACUUUACCCCACCACACAUCGCAACCAGCAAGUCAGGCAGCACAGGUGGAAAUUUAGUGCUUCAAAAUAAGAACCUGAACCUGUUUCAGGGUAAAUACAGAUGCUACGCCUCUAAUAAGCUGGGCACUGCUAUAACGGAAGAAAUUGAAUUAAUGGUCCCGAGUCUCCCUAAAUUUCCAAAGGAGGAUAUCGAGCCUCUUGUUGUGAAAGAGGGAGAUCCAAUUGUCCUUAAGUGUAACCCUCCAGAGGGUGUGGCACCACGGCAGAUAUACUGGAUGUCUAUAGGUCUCCGGCACAUUGAGCAGGAUGACCGGGUUUCCAUGGACAUUGACGGCAACCUGUACUUCUCCUAUGCCUUAAAGAACGACAGUCGUCAGGAUUACUGUUGCUUUGUUGCCUUCACCAGAAUACGCACCAUUGUCCAGAAAACUGCUAUGGUUGUUGUGGUCAAGAGUUUGAAACCCAACAAUGAGUCUGCUGACAGCAGCGAUGCCGUUGAAGCCCCCCCAGUGAGAAAACCUGGCCUGCUGCUGCCCUCUGGUGUUCAGACAGAGAAGGUGCUGUUGAAGGGAGAGGACCUGCACCUCGAGUGCAUCCCAGAGGGCUUUCCCAAUCCAACGGUAAAUUGGAUGAAACUGGGAGCCAAGCUGCCUCCACGGAAAAAAUUGAACAACUUUGGAAAGCAGUUGGCCAUCCCCGCUGUGGCAGAAAGUGACGAGGGGAAAUAUAUGUGCACGGUCAAAAACCCAGCCGGAGAGUUUGUCCACUACUUUGAUGUAAUAGUGGAAGAGCCUCCAAAGUGGCUGACAGAGCCUCCUCAGAGCCAGCUGACUGUGAUUGGGACUGAUGUUCACAUCAAGUGCUCAGUCAGUGGAAAACCACCGCCAGACAUAACGUGGAGAAGGAAUGGAGACAUUUUCCAAGAUGACCCAGUGAGCAACACGCGAGUGCUCGAUGACACUGUGGUGAUUCACGACGCCACACCAGAGGACAGUGCCGUCUACCAGUGUGAAGCCUCCAACACUCAUGGCAGUAUUCUCGCCAACGUCAACAUCAUGAUCACGAAUACAGCUCCUGUGAUACUGACAAGAGACUUCCAAACGUAUGCUGUGAUACUGGGUGGUGACAUCACCAUGAACUGCAGUGUUUUUAGCUCCCCGCCACCGACUAUCUCUUGGGCCAAAGAUGAUAUUGCCAAAUCUAUAAAGGAUGAACGAUUUCUUCGCCUCCAGAAUGGAUCUUUGCAAAUCACCGGUGCAGAAAAAGACGACAGCGGGGAAUACGUGUGCGCUGCCUUCAAUACAGAGGGGGAGUCCACUGUCACUGCUGUGCUGGAGGUGAAAGACCCUACGAAAAUAGUCGAUCCACCUCAGGACAGGGUGAUCACCAGUGGGACCACUGUUCAGUUGAUGUGCGGGGCAGAGUAUGAUAAAAGUCUGCGGAGCAACUUUGAGGUGGUAUGGAGAAAGAACGGAGAUGAGAGCCUGCUCUCCCUCGAGGAAAAUUCCAGAUACUUCGUGGAUGAUGUCAUGCUGCAGAUCAUGAACGUCAACCUUGAAGAUCAGGGAAUAUACACGUGCACUGCGAGAACCAGUUUAGAUGAAGACAGUGCCAGUGCACUGCUCACAGUGCUGGAUGUUCCUGAUGCUCCAGAGAACUUAAACAUAUCCAAAAUCAAGAGUCCAUGGAACAUUUGGCUGACCUGGGAACCCGGGAGCGAUCACAACAGCUCAGUGACAGAAUUCAUAGUGGAGUAUGAGGAGAGCCAAUGGGAGCCUGGCAGGUGGAAAGAGCUACAGAAAGUCUCUGGUAACCAGGCAACAGCCGAGUUGGCUCUGCACGGACACCUUGAUUACCAGUUCAGAGUGUAUGCUGUUAAUUCUGUUGGACCUGGACCUCCUAGUGAGCCCACUGAGAAAUACAAAACACCCCCUGCUGCUCCUUCUAGAAACCCAGAGAACAUCAAGAUUCAAGGCCAUCUUCCUCAUCAGAUGGACAUCAGCUGGGAGCCAUUGUUGCCUAUCGAACACAACGGCCCAGGCCUUGAGUACAAGGUGAGCUACCGGAGACUGGGCGUGGGGGAUCAGUGGAAGGAUCACCUGGUCAAGAGACACUCCUUUGUUGUGAGAAACACGACCACAUUUGUCCCCUACGAGGUCAAAGUUCAGAGCAGGAACAGCCACGGCUGGGGACCUGAACCCAAAAUUGUUACGGGUUACUCAGGAGAAGACGUCCCGACUGCAGCGCCUCAGGACGUAGCAGUGGAGGUGAUCAACAGCACUGUUCUGAGAGUCAGCUGGACCGCAGUUCCACUCGCCACAGUGAGGGGUCAUCUCGGGGGCUACAACGUUCAGUGGUCAAGGAAGCGAGGUCUCCUGGACCCCAGCAAGAUUUUAGAAAACAGCCGGUCCCUGUCCUUCCCAGGGGAGAGGAGUCAUGCCUUCGUGCCGGGACUCAAACCUUUCUCUGAGUACAGACUCACUGUCAACGUCUUCAACAAGAAGGGCAAUGGGCCCAAAAGUGACCCGGUCGCCUUCAACACUACAGAGGGAGUUCCUGAACAAGUGCCUGUUCUCACGGCCUCCAAUGCCCAGAGAGACUCAAUCCUGCUGGUGUGGGGACCGCCUCCACAGGCAAAUGGCAUCCUCAGUGGUUAUCUCCUGCAGUACUAUCUCAUUAAUGAGACCACACUUGAGGUGGUUGACUCCCAGGAGAUGAACAUCACUGGGCCCGACACCACACAGUGGCAGCUUCAGGGCUUGGAGGAGGGCAGCCUCUAUCACUUCCACCUCAGCGCCUGCACUCGAGCAGGUUGUGGACCUCCACUGGCCCAGGAGAGCAACACAAUCACUUCAGGACAUUUGUCCCUGACUCCAGCUGUGGCCCCUGUUCAGAGCAGCCCCAACUGCUCUCUCUCCUCUCCAAUCUCUUUGCCAGGAAAUUCUACUCAUCUUUCCUUAGUUCCUGUCCUGUUGAACAUAAGCGCUUAUGUGAGUGACACGUGUGCCAAAAUCAGCUGGACUGCAAGAGAAGAGCAGCAGGACACACAGCUUUAUGUGGCUCAUAUGAAUAACCGUGAUGGUAACUGGCGGAUUUCAGAGGCUGUAAACGCUUCUCAAAGUUUCCACGUUAUCGACGGGCUCGUACCGGGGACGAUGUACACGGUGCGUCUCAUGGCCAAGAGUCUGCUCGAUAAUUCUAGCAUUUUCGAGGAUGUUUUCCACACUCAAGUCAAAGGUGUGGGAGCGCAGCAGAGGAACUCCUCGACCCACGGCUGGAUUAUUGGGACCAUGUGCGCCGUGGCUCUGCUCACCCUCGUUGCACUCAUGGUCUGCUUUGUGCGGAAAAACAGAGGUGGCAAGUAUGCAGGUACGCCUCCGCCGCGCCAGCGACAAGACAUGCUCUCCAUGGAAAAAGUGAAAGAGAAGGAGGACCUCCACCCUGACUUCGAGUCACAUGGAAUGAAUGAUGACACCUUCUGUGAAUACAGUGACAGCGACGAGAAACCACUGAAGGGCAGUAGCUUGUGUUCCCUGAAUGGCAACGACACAGUCGGGGACAGCGUCAGCAGAGACAGCUUGGUUGACUACGCAGAUGGCGGCGGGGAAUUCGACGAGGACGGUUCAUUUAUUGGAGAAUAUUCGGGGCGCAAGCACGGAGGUUCCGUCAGCGAGCCCAGUGGACACAACCCGGUCACUGCUUAAAGCUAGGCUCCAGUUCAAAGAGACUACUUCAAAUCCUCUCAAGAUACUUUUGAAAUUCCUCUUCCUUGGCAAUAAAAAAUGGCCUGAAUAGCCAAAUAUGGAGGAAUUAAAAUGGCUCAAUUGUCCCGACAAGUUGUUUUCUUUGAAGACUGGAAAGUAAAGAGUACAACCACCAUACCCAUCAUCAGUGUGAAACCCAUGUGAGUCUGUAAAUACUGUAAGAGAACUGUAUCAUUUGAAUGUUUUUAUUGUGAUAAUAAAAUGUAUUUGUACCUAA